AUGGAUUCCUGGGUGCGAUUCAGCGCCCAGAGCCAAGCCAAGGAGCGGGUCUUCAGGGCUGCCCAGUAUGCCUGCACUCUGCUCGGCUACUCACUGCAGAAGUAUGGAGCCAGCCCUGAUUUCAUUGCUAGGAUCAAGCAGCUGGAGGCUCACAUGAGCUUGGGGCGCAAGUUGUUCCGGCUGGGGAAUUCUUCAGAUGCCCUGGAGGCGGCCAAACGGGCCAUCCACCUGUCAGACAUGGUCCUUCGCUUCUGCAUCACUGUCAGCCAUCUAAACAGAGCCAUGUAUUUCGCCUGUGACAAUAUCCUUUGGGCAGGGAAAUCAGGUCUCGCCCCCCACAUGGACCAGGAGAAAUGGAGCCAGCGGUCUUUCAGGUAUUACCUCUUUGCACUGAUCAUGAACCUGAGCAGGGACGCCUAUGAGAUCCGGCUGCUGAUGGAGCAUGAGGCGAAUGGGAAGUGCCAGCGAGGCGGUGGUGGAGACAGCCCCAGAGUGGGGGAAGACCACCGGCUCCAGCAGCUGAUCUUGAGGCUGAAGCUGCAGGUCCGCCUCCUGUGUCACGUGCUGAGGGACAACCCCCCUCUGCUUCUGGACCUGGCGAAAAACGCCUGCGACAUUUUUAUCCCCAUGGACAAGCUGGGCCUGUACAAGACCAACCCAGGGUUCGUGGGGCUCUGCGGCUUGACGUCUUCCGUCAUCUCCAUCCUUACCAUUGUCUUCCCGUGGCUGAAGCUGAAGCCUUGAAGGGCGGGAGCAGGGGGGCGGGGCGGCUAGCUGGCGUCUGUGGAGCAGGCCACAUGUCACAGGGCUUCCUCUUUCUACGUGUUCCACUUCCAGGGACCAGUACAAGGUGUUUGCGACUGACAGCUUUAGGCAGCCAGUGGCCCUUUGCGUAGCAUGGGCUCCUUGGUACAUGGGGACUUGGGCCUGUUGGCGCUUUGGGGGACAUCUAAUUUGCACUCAGUUUUAAGUGGGGGACAGCAACUUCAAGACCAACUUUCCUCACUCCUCUGGGCCACCAUACUACAACCUUCCUAUGCAGAUGGUCCUCAAGAUCUAUCCUGCCCCUGGCUUGCCCCUCCUCUGCCCUUCCCACUCCACAAUACCUCUCCCCACAAAUCCCACCCACUCACCUGCUCUUUUUAAUUCAUCCUGGGCUGCUCUGCAACGGUUAAGCCCCCAGUGAACUGUGGGAAUGCAUCCUUCAGUGCUCUGACAUUGGAGCCACUGGGGAAGGGAUCAGAGCUAUUCUAUGCCCGCCACACCCAGCCUCUUCCACUCUUGAGCAGGAGGUGAAAAGUGAAGGUCUGUCCUUGUGCAUAAAGCUAGUGACCGGCUGCCUCGUUGUAUGGUGCCUCGGUGCCCCUUGGCAAGGAAGGAACGAAGGUCUGGGGAAACGAGGCCCUGUGGCAUUCUGCAUCCUCUCUGCCUCUUUGCGGGGAGGCCAAGGGAGAACGGCUGUGGAGCUGGGGCCAUGUUUGGACUGAAGAGUAAGCACAUGCCCAGUAAAUGGGCUUCUGGUAUUCCUAUCGAGCUGUGGCUCCUAUUUUUUUAGGCUUCACCACUCCAUUAACAAGCAGAGCUUUAAUGUCUGCGUUUCCUCAACCUGGUCCUCCUCCAGAUGUCCUAGACCCCAGCUCCCAUCAGCCUGCAGCCAGCAUCGCCACACUGAGCGUGAUGGAAGUUGGAGUAUCCACACAGCAUGAGAAUUAGGAAGGGCUGUUCUAAGCUAUGCCUUGAUAUUUGGCGCUGUUAAUUCCUUUUCCUGAUUUUGCAAGCCUCUCCCCCAUCCCCCCGUCUCAUAAACAACUUUUGAAAUCGAGUGACCUCCUGAAGCUAAAUGUAGUCAGCCACAGAGAGUUUUCUUUGGUAUUACUAUUUUUAAAUGGUGGGUGGCUCCUGUUUGCCUGGGGGAGGGUUAAGUUCUGAGUAGGGAUGCUGGUUUUCUGCCAGGCAGCUCACAGGGCAUAACAUGUGCUCCAGAUCUGGUUAUGAGCUGAUACUUUAUAUAAAGUCAGGUUUCUCGCCGUCAUUGUUCUACAGCGAGAACUGGCAAAUUCAGACCCUGAGAAGACUCCUGUCAAAGAACUUUGGGGGAUAGGGGAAGCCUUACCCAGCAGACUUCUCUGCUAGGUAUCUCCUCGGCCACUCUUAAAACCUAGGAAUCUUCUCAGAGUAUGCACAUAGCCAUCUUACUCCUCACACCCUGUGCUGCCACCUCAUUUCCCUUCACAGGAGCUCUGUGCCUUUAGUAGUUGCACAACAAACAGAAAUUCCACCUGGGCUGCUUCCCCCUCCCUCUUCACUGUGGCCUCUCCUUUCUGGGAGAAGCUGCACAGAUUGAAUUUCUGCCUGCCACCCAUCUGUUAACAGCUACAAAGCUUUGGACCUUUUGUUCUCAUUGAGAUGCACAACCUGUGGCUGGGUGGCAUCCCAUCAGACUGCCAUGGGGUGGGUGCUCCCCUGUGUUGGGCGGUGGGGGUGAACUAAACAUCUCCACAUAAAAGAGAAGUUAGUGUGUCUGGUGGGGGGGGGCUAGGCAAGGUUCUUUCCCCUUGAUUUCUGAGUGGAGAGAAUUAUUUUUAUGGGGGAUAGUGGUCAGGAAAAUGACAUACAUACACAUGCCUCUUUGCUGUCUGAAAGAAUGCAUUGGCAGCUCGGUCUGAGCUUAGGCCAUUGUGGGGAAUCCCCAGGGGUCCGUAUUGAUCCGUUGGUUUUUUGUUGUUUUUUUGUCAUCUUUUUCCAUCUCCAGCCCAGGUCUCCUUUCCCCUUCCAGUACUGCUUCUUAAUCUCCACCAUCAGCACCACCCAUCUGCCCUGUUUAUAAUCCCAUUCCUGGUUUUGAAACAGGUGUUCCUAACCUGGAGCAGGUGAUAUACCCUGUUCCUCUGCUAAUACAGUGCAAAUACCCUCCAGAUGUUGCGGAGCUUGCAGCCUCCAUCCUUCACCAUUAGCCACACUGGUUGGGUCUGAGCAGAGUUUGGCGGGGGGGGGGGAUCCUCCAGCAGUAUCAGAAGGGCACCAUAUUGGCUACCCCAGGAUUAAAAAUUUACCAUUUCUCCCAGUCCUCAACUACACUUCUACCUUUCCCUCCUACUAGUGUCUCAAAUAAACAGGGUUGAUCAUUUGAUUCAAUAAAUUAAGGUUGGCAUA